AGAGGGGACGGAAGAAGGGAACAGGAGGUGGUGGAGGAAGAGUCGGUGCAGGAGGUGGUCGAGAGGAAGAAGAAGGGAAGGAGGUGACACGCGUAUCGCAAUGCACAAUGGUGCAUUAGCCAGGAGUAGACGGCCAGACGGUCUCUCCCGCGGACCGGCUGUGAAAUCUAUCGAAGCGGUAUACACCGUGAAACAGGAACCGCAUCCGUAAUAAUCGACACGUUCGUAACUGUUCGACGGAGGAACGAUACUUCCAACAGCUCGAAAGAUCAAUCCCGUUCCUCGACGUUGACGAUCCUCCUGAAACCGGCUCGCAUGACUCUGAACAUCGGACACGCUUGGAGACUUCGCCCGAUAGAGGUUCUGAAGCUUCUCGAUACGAGAUAGUGUUCACGUUCGAACACACACCGUGCGUGUACCUUGGGUGGGUCCGUGCACAUUCGUAAAUAGUCAGAGGCUCGAUAGACAGCCUCUUCCCGUCGAAGAUGGCUGACUCUAUUCCGAACGAUCCGGUGGCUGGCACCACCGUGGAGAAGAAACGCGGGGACUCGGUGAACCCGUCCGACCAAGGCGUCGUCUGGAAGUCGAUGACGUUACGGGAGAAAUGGGCCUACUUCACCAGCAACAUCACCGUGGAACCCAUGAUCGCCUGCUACGUGAUACCGUGCAUGCUCGCGUCCCUGGCCACGCAGAAUCUCAGCCUGGAGAAGGCCUGCAGGGUGAACCUGGCCUAUCCGGACGAGGUGUGCACGGCGCUGGCGAACAGAAACACCACCGGCUACGAGGCGGAGGAGACCGCUGUUCAGCAGCUGGUAGCCGGCAUGCAAACGUGGAAGACAGCCCUGACCAGCGGCCUCCCGACGAUACUGAUCCUCUUCAUGGGCGCCUGGAGCGAUCGAACCGGCCUGAGGAAGCCUUGCAUGCUUCUGCCGAUCGUCGGCGAGUUCCUCAGCAGCGUCAGCAUGCUUCUAUGCACGUAUUUCUUCUACGAGGUGCCGAUGGGUGCCACCGGCGUAUUCGAAGCCCUUUGGCCGUCGUUGACCGGCGGCUGGUUCACCAUGUUCAUGGGUGUUUUCAGUUACAUAGCGGACAUCACGUCCGUGGAGUCGAGAACGCUACGGAUCGGUGCCGCCAACGUAUUCUUGUCCCUCGGUGUGCCGAUCGGUAUGGCGUUGUCCGGUAUAUUGUACUUGAAGCUGGGCUUCUACGGUGUUUUUAGCAUAUCGACCGUGUGUUACGUGUUGAGCUUUGUUUACGGGCUGAUCGUGAUCAAGGAGCCGCCCAGGGCGCGUCUCAACCAAGCGAAGAAAACCGACGAGAAGAGGAUGUCCCUGUGCGACGCGAUCCUGGACUUCUUCGCGUUCAAGCACAUCGAGGAAACGUUUCGCGUGGCAUUCAAACAGGGCACGAACAAUAGACAGAAGAGAGUCGUGGUGCUGAUGAUCGUCGUCAUGGUUGUAUUCGGACCCCUUUACGGUGAGAUAGCGGUGAUGUAUCUUUACAUGAGGUAUAGAUACCAUUGGAACGAAGUAAUGUUCAGCAUGUUCACCACGUUUGCCAUGGUUACGAAUUUAAUUGGUACUGCGAUAUCCGUGGGCGUGUUCAGUCACAUUUUGAAGAUCGACGAUGCGAUCGUGGGUAUCAUGAGCUCCAUGAGCAAAAUUUUGGCUGGAUUCGUUUACGCGUUCGCGACCACCGACUGGAUGAUCUACCUGGGGGCGAUCGUUGAAAUCGUGAACGGAACGUCUUUUAUAGCGAUGAGAUCGAUAGUAUCUAAGCUAGUGUCAACAGACGAGCUCGGCAAAGUGAACUCUUUAUUCGGCGUCUGCGAAUCGCUAAUGCCGCUCGUUUACGGACCAAUGUACAGUUCCAUUUAUGCCGCGACCAUGAAAACAUUCCCGGGGACGUUCUUCAUCGUUGGUGCCUGCAUGACCAUGCCAGCUGUCUUUGCGUUUUUCUGGCUGUACACGGAACAUCGAAGAGAUCGUCAACUGUUGGAGCAAGAGAAGAAAGCGAAGAGCAAGGUCGAGAGCCAAGAAGAAAGCGACUCGAAGAUAGCGAAAUGGCAGAUCACCGGCGAGAAGAAGUCGGAAGUACCUACUAUGAACGGCGUUACCAACGUGGCGUUCGAAUCCGAUCAUUUAUAAUCGAUAACUUAAAUCGGAAUACGUAACGCGAGUAAAUGAUCGAAUUCGAAUGCCGGGACGGAGAAGUUUGUGAAUAUUUAAAUCGGGAGAAAGGUAAUGAUGAAAAGGUAAGAGGUCAAUGAGACAGAGGAUCGCGCUGAAAUAACUUACACGAACAACAGCAUUAGAACUGCUCGUAAAUUUCGUAAGAAGAGUUUAAUGUACAAUUUGUUCCCGUUUCGUCAUGGCGCGCAAACGAAUCAACGACAGAUCAAAUAUUUUUUUUUCUAGUAAAUGUAGUAUCACUAGCGACGACAUUACAGCGUGAUUGUCAUGCUUUAUUAUAGACAAACGUGAUUAGAGACUUGUUUAUUUGGAAAAGUUGGAGUUGGUAAAAGGACAAAAAUAAAGAUCUUAAUAAUGCAUGAAGUUACGCGCUUACUCAAACGACACGAAUAAAGGAUAGCUACAUUUCAAAACGUAGCAAACUGUGGGAAUUAAAAUGUUCCAAGUACCUAUGUAUUGAUCUAUCGAUCGUUCGUAGUCGAUUUGCGGUGGAUAACCGAAAAACGCGAGAGCCUGGUGCAUGGAGCUAUCCUUUGUUGCAAGUUCUAGUACAAGCAGUUUCCGGUACUUAAAUAAAUGAAUUGUUACAAUAGAUAAAACGGAACGGGUAUAUAACCUGUUCGAGUGUAUCAGUAUUACAAAUGCAUACAUCUCCCCGACUACUGUUAUUUGAGAAAAAUGAAUUCACGAAAGAACGAGACAUCAUGUUACGUAACGUUUAAUUUCAUGGAUAAACAGAGACACGAAUUUUAUCUUGUGUUUGGUAUUCUAAAAUGGAUGUGAAAUCUACCCUCGCAGCCGUGUAGUGGGAAUAAAAAUUUCACACUUUCCAAGUGUAUUUUAUGAAAAACUUCGUAUGCGAAUGAGAUCGAUCUGUUGUACAUUUUUAUUAAAUAGUAUUUAUAUUAAGGACCUGCAUCAUUUCCGUACGUGUAUUAUAGCUUAUUGUGAUAUAGUACAAUAGUUUUAUAUUUAGGAGAUAAACAGAGUUACGGAAAUAAAAAGUUUUCAUUGACCUUUACCGUUAAUCGUUCUCUUACCACUGAUGAAACCAACCAUUGGGAAUUAUACAUAUGCAAGGUAUCAACAAAACCGCGUACGAUGCGUGUUUUUAAUAUGUUAAUAUAUA